AUGGCAGCAGUGACUUCGCUCCAAACAACACCAAUGUCUCCUCACGCCUCGUCACCUUCGGCCUCGCCCACAAAGCGCAAGCACUCGCCCUCUCUCUCCAUCGAUCUUAGCAACCUACCUCAACUCACAACAAUCCCCGUACCUUCAAACACACUCAUCAUCACCGGCCUCAACGACCCUGCCAUCUUCGGCGCCACCAACCUCGCAACCAUCAAGGCCGCCCUCGACAGCCACGCAACAACCUACUCCUUCUCACCCCUGAAAUCCUUCCGCCGCAUCAUCGCCUCCUUCUACAAUGUCGACGCCGCAAUCGACAUUCGCACAAAGUUGGAUGGCGAGAACGUGCUCGGUCAGCGCAUCCGUGUCUACUUUGGCGCAGAGACGAAGAUUACCACACAAGAAGAUCAACACUUGAAGGCUCCGUCGACGGGAAAGUUGUUCUUCAUCUCGCCUCCUCCUUCGCCACCCCAUGGUUGGGAGUCUAGGCACGAGGACCCUCCUAACAAGGAGGUUCACGCUGAGGAUCUGGCAGAUGCAUUGCACAGAUUGUCGUCUGUGCCGGAAGAUGAGCAGGUGCAACAUAUCGAGCAAGUCGAGGAAAAGACUGCGCCCGUUUCUGUUCCCGCGGUGCAAAGAAGCAGGGCCGAUUCGAGGACUAUUGUCUAUUCACCUGUUGAGCAGGGCCACUCGCCUCAUCUCCCUGCCAUCGCUGUCGAAGACACUAGCUGUGAGGCAUCACCUGUAGACGAGACUUUUGGCAUGGAUGUACAGAAGCCCUUGGUCCACACCGCUCGUCCUCCCGUCGAGCUCAUGGAGGAGUGA